AUGGCGACGAAUUCGACGCUCAGCCCGGACUACUUGGCCGAGUCCAAGACGCACAUGGUCACUACCAUGUAUGCGAUUCCCAUUGCGCUCGAGGCACUCAGCACCGGGUGGCGGCUAUGGGCGUCAGCAUCUACACAGUCUGGGUUCUCAUUUGAUGACUAUCUCAUGCUUUUUGCGACGGUAUGGCUCCAAGAUGUUGUUUGGGGUGUGAAGAGGGCUAACAAAGGCUUUGAAGCUGGUGGCCAUGACUGUGGAGACUACAUCUUUAGUCACUUCUACGACAUCGCCAUAGCCUUUACAAAGCUCUCCAUAUUGGCCCUAUACUACCGCAUCUUUGUCACUCGCAAAUUCAGACUCAUCGUCCUCGGCACUGCCUGCUUCGUGUGUGUCUGGGUCAUCGUCAUGGAGGUGACGCUGGGCCUGGGAUGUCGGCCCAUCAAGGCGUGGUGGGGUGAGGCAAAGGGGAGAUGCAUCAACAAAGAGGCUUUUACGUACUUUACCAAUGUGACCAACAUGGUAACGGACCUGUGGGUGUUUUUGAUGCCGAUCCCCGUGAUACUGGGGCUUCAGGCGGCCAAGGAGAAGAGGAUCACCCUGUGCCUCAUGUUUGGAGUUGGGCUGGCAGUUCUUGAUCCCUACUCUUCUCCAUUGCCCACAAGACCGUGCAAGAGGUUCCUAACCAGCGGUGUUGCAACAGGGGACGAGGCGUCUCUGGGAAUCCUAUCGGCCUGGGAGCCCUGCGGUGCCAUUCUAUGCGCAAACCUCCCCCCGAUAUACCGGCACCUCGUCAUCAUCAGCGAAUUCCUCCGGGCCGGUGUCCGGAACGUGACGCAGUGGACGGUGACGCAGUCCCGGAGCGCCGCAACGGGCGUCAGCUCCGAUCGGCACGGCGGUGACAAGGGAAAAGUGCAGCAUCACGACUGGGCCGAGCUGAACCACAGCGAUGCCUUUACGGGCGAGACGAACCGCACCGUUACGGAAGUGUCUGCGCAGGGGCCGCCGAGCGAUGCGGUCGAGAUGGACGGGCUGAAGGCGGGAGGCAUCAUGGUGGAGAGGGCGUUUACGCAGGUGAGCGCGCAGGACGUGGAGGCGGCGUCUUCGUCGAGGGAUAUAGAAAAGGGAGAAGAAUGA